CUUUGACCCAAAGUGCCCAAGUUAGACAAAGCAAUUUCGUGGUGUCCUAGAGAACUAAAAGAGGUGUCGAGCCAAACUAGUUGAACCAUUGAUUUUCCGAACCCACCAAUCUCAUCAUUCAUUCGCUUAGUUUUUAUUAGAGAGCGAUAGAACCAGAAUCACAACCUAAAAUUGCGUUGGGGUUUGGAAAAUUGGUCGAUUGUUUUGCGUGGUGGGAAGGAAUCAAUCCCUCCUCCAAACGAAAGCUAUAUACCAAACCGGGGGAAACCCAAGCCCAGGCUCCAGAGAAGUGAUGAUGGCGGUGACAUCGCGAAGCGGAGAAGAAGGAGGGGUGAAAAGAGAGGGUUCAGCGGUUGAUGAGUACCGUUCCCCUCCCUCGAGGGUCACCUUCCCGGAUGCCGCCCUCCGGAUGAGUGGAUCCUCCACCACGCCUCCGUUGCUCAAGCUACAAGUCGAAGAAUCCUCCGAGAGCAUGAACCCUAACAACAUGUGGCAGGUGAUGCAUUCGGCAUACACUAAUUCUGUUUGCAUGAAGUUCAGGGAUAUUGAUCCUUCAGUUCAUUGGUGUAAUUCUCCUUGUUGUUUUCAUCUUUUAUCUUUUCAACAAUGGUGACAAACGCAAAUUAUGCGCUUUAUAUUGUGCAUGCGAUUAUGAUAUGCUCAGAAGUUUUUGUGUAUUGGGAUUGAGAGGUAUAUAUUGUUGAUCUUUUUCUAUAGCGAGCUGUUAGUUAUUAUUGAUUACUGGAAACUCGGCUAACAAAAAGAUCAAUGGCAGCGUACAUCAUCAAGAUUCUUACUUUGCCCAUCAGAAUCAUGCCCAGAUUAUCCACGACAGACUUUUAAAUAAUCUUGCUUUAUAAAUUCUGUUUCUUGCAAUGGAAUCAAGCUUCAACCCAAUCUGCAUUCAGCGUUCCCUUUUUAUAUUUUUAUAAUCUACGCUUAACAUCACAUUCAGUUUGACUUGUUAAGGUACAAUUGUUU